AUGAAUGGAGGCAGUAUCGCAGUGGCUAUUUUCGCAUUAUUCGCAAUCAUACUUCUAAUUCCACCACUUGUUUGGCACAGCAAAUACCGCAAUAUCCCAGUGAUAUGCUUGAUCUCAUGGUUUAUUUUUUUCAACCUUAAGACGCUUAUUAACUUGUGUAUCUGGAGUGGUGAGAACUACCAGGAAGUAUGGAACGGCGUUGGGUAUUGUGAUGUGAUGGUCAAGCUCGAAGCUGCUACUUCAUCGGGGACUACUUCCGCUAUUGCUGCUUUAUCAUUGAACAUGUACAUGAUUUUGAGGGCAAAGAAUCCUAUAUUCAUAGAUGAAGACUCCAAAAAGAAGAACAUUAUCAAUCUUUUGAUAUGUGUUGUGACCCCAAUAUUUGUAAUGGUCACCAAUUACUUCAUUCAAAGUUUCAGGUACGACAUUUUGAGAUACGGUGGUUGCACCCCGAUAUAUAUUCCCAAUAUUUCUUUGACAAUUCCGUUGUUGACAAUUUGGAGCUUGCUAUGGUCCUUGGUGGCAAUUAUCUUUUCAGGUCUAGCCCUACACAAAUUCUUCCAGAAACGGAGAGAGGUAUCAAAUAUCCUCAAGUGUACCAACUCCAAUCUCGAUUUCAAAAAAUUUGCCCGGCUUUUGGCGUUCAACUGCUUAGUGGUUGUAGCGUUGUCAAUUAUGGCUAUCUACUACUUUAUCUCUGCCAUUAGGCUUCCUGGUGAAUCGGGAGAGUACCGUGAUAUGAGAGACAGAUCUAAAAUACACUACCAGGACACAGGUUUUUCAAUGAUGGGUGACAGAAUAGCAAUUAUCGGGUUAUCAUUCAUCACAUUUCUUAUUCUAGGUCUUGGAUCGGAAGCAUUGGAAAUGUACAAGAGAUUGCUU